AUGGUCAUGUUCGCUAAUGUUAUUAAUAAUGUUAAAAAUACAUUUAGUAGAUACCUUCUUAGAUUAUUAAAUUUUUUAUUAGUAUCUGCAAUACUUGUAAUUAAUGUUACAAUAACUCAUCUUUCAAGUGUCUUUGUUGAAAAUAUAUAUCUUUUCUUUUUUUAUCAUCCAAUGUCGCAAGAUGAUACAAAAAUAUUAAAAAAAUACAUUUCUGGAAUUUAUAUUAUUGUAAUGUAUUUAAUUGUAUACAUCUCAAAGUCAAUCACUAUUGGAAAACAAAUUUUGUAUGCCAACAACUUAAGACCAAUUCCAACUGAAAAUUUUAUAGUUUAUGUUUGUGAAAAUGUACUUUUUUAUAGUUUUUGUUUGACUAAUUCAUUUAUAUUAUUUCAAAUAUGGAAUCAAAAACAAUUACUGGUUAUAUGUGUAGCAAUUGGUUAUUUUAUUUAUGGUUCAAUGUGUUUUAUUCAAUUUUUAACUGAAGCAAAUUGUUAUUUUGUAAAUUUACAAGAAUAUGAGCAUUUAAUGGAGGAAGGUGUAAAUGCUUUUUUGGCUGUACAAUCAGAUAUUCCAUAUAAUUUACUUGAAAUAUAUAUUGAAACAGAAGUUGAUUCAUACUAA